CUGAAUUUUCAGCAGGCUUAGCCUAUUUUUAUAUUAUUUUUUUAAUUCCACCUUUGAUUAAUAUGAACUGUUCGCUAUUUUGUCAAACAGUGAAAAAUUAUUCGGCCAAUAUCUUUAUCGUACAGUUAUUUGGGGGAUUUUUCAGGAUAUACACGACUACAGACUAGAAUCCUCCCGCAUCACGUCGCCGCCUUAUCGCGUCAUCCUGGAAAUAGGCGUUGUUGUGUGCACGCGCACCUUUCCAUCCGUAUCCAGGCAGCGCACGCGCAGGGACGCAUGGCUUGGUCCCACUCCACUGUUCAGAGAGGCGCAGCUCCAUUUAGCGCAGUUUCCUCUGACGCAUUUAUCACGGAGUAAUAAUAAACUACACACCUGAGCAUGGACGCAUUAAAAUCAGCCGGGAGAGCCAUAAUAAAAAGUCCUGGAGUUCCGCGGCACACAUGGGGAACCGCCAAGCACGAAAAGCUUCCAGAGAACUGGACGGACACUAAGGAGACCCUGCUGGAGGGAAUGGUGUUCAAUGUGAAGUACCUGGGCAUGACGUUGGUGGGUCAGCCUAAAGGAGAGGAAAUGGCUGCUGCAGCCAUCCACAGGAUUGUCUCAAUGGCUCGAUCCAGUGCAAAGAAAUUUCGGAAGGUCACCCUCACCGUUUCCCCAAAAGGGAUCAUCAUUACAGACACAGAGUCCAGCGAUCUCAUAGAGAACGUGUCUAUUUACAGAAUCUCCUACUGCACGGCUGAUAAAACUCAGGAUAAAGUCUUUGCCUACGUCUCACAGAGUGAGUUCAGUGAAACUCUGGAGUGCCAUGCCUUCCUCUGCCAAAAGAAAAAAAUUGCCCAGGCAGUCACACUUACAGUAGCACAGGCUUUUAAAGUUGCCUUGGACUUCUGGGAAAUUGCCCAAGAAGACAAAAGUAAGAAGGCUCGCACAUGCUGUUCCUGUUCAGGCAGUGAUCUUCAUGUGGAAACACAACCUCACUCUGCUUCAGAGGCUGAAAAAACCCAGGCACUGAUGGAGCACAAACUACAGAAGCCCUUCCACUCCUCUUCCAUAUAUUCACCAUCUCCAUGCAGCAAGUCUGUCAGGAGACGGCCAGUUAAACAGGAUUCCUGGGAUGUGGAAGAAGAAGGCCUCAACACAUUCUCAAGGCAGCAGUAUGGGGCUGGAGGAGAUGGACACAGAAUCAGACUGGCAGAGUCCUGCUCCAGAACAGUGUUUGAGGAUGCAGCUGUGAGCCCACUGGAGGAGAACUGCAUGUCUCUCAGCAGUGAAGAGACAGAUUAAUCACCCACCCACACACACACACACACACACACAUACACACACACACACACACACACACACACAUAUAUAUAUAUAUAUAUAUAUAUAUAUAUAUAUAUAUAUAUAUAUAUAUAUAUA